CGGGUCUGUUAUGUACAACAGAGAGCGUCCGGCGCUGAGCACUGUUGAGGGCCUUCAAAGGGCCAAACAAUUGGCCCGACGUUUAAAUUGCGACGAAUAUGACUACAAAUGGUUGGACUGUUUGCGGGCAAUAGAAGACCCGAACCUGUUUAUAGAGAUACCCGAUAAUGAAAAUAUUUUUGUUAUCACACAUCCGGUGUUUGGCACACAAUUCUUACCCGUUUUAUCUCAAAAAAACAUUGAAGUGAUGGCCGGUGUUGUCAAAGACGAGGGCCCACUACUAACUCGCGCUUUAUUUCCCGAAAUGACUGAACAACUGUUUCAUAAAGUGGUCCGCGAUUUGAGCCGCGAAUACCAUAACAUAGAUGUGAACGAAGUGUGCGAUCAUUACCUCAAAGGUGUCCACAAAACCAAUUCAUCGCAACUUAAGGCAGCGUUUAAUGAAUUAUUCGGCGAUUUAGUGAUCACUUGUCCCACAUAUCACUUCGCAAAGAGAUUGGCCACAAAUGGACACAAAUUAUAUUUUUAUCGUUUUAAUUGUCAAUCCAAGCAAUUCUCUAAUUUGUCCGCAUGUGAGUCAGGAGUCGUUUGUCACGGCGCGGAUAUAGACUUUGUUUUCGGUCAUCCCUUAAGAAAUCCAACGCUUUAUACGGAAACUGAUUAUGAUUUCAGUAUAGAUGUGAUGAAAAUGUGGACCAAUUUUGCAAAGACUGGCAAAGCACAUGACGUUUGGCCACAACUUUGGGACAAAUCUGUGAUUCGAGUGAAAGACUUGAAUCCCAACGAUAUGUCACUUAUUCUCGACAAUCCAUACGAGAGCAACUGUCGACACCGCUAUCGACACCACAAUCGCCGCCAACAAUACCGGGUAAGGGCUGGCAGUGGACGGGCGUUGAGUACCACCAGUGACCGGGCGUUUAGGGGGCGCACCGGUGGCCGGUAUUGGGCUAGAUUUGUCGCACUCGGGGUGGUACUUGGUUUUCACACAUACCCAUAUCUGAAUAUUGCGCUUAUAGUCUCUUUAGCGUCUACGGCCACAGACCACCGGCCCAUCAGACACUCGGUUAAGUUGCUCUUCAUUUGGGAAAACUCUUUCAACAUCUCAUCGGAGCACUCGUACCCAAACUUUGUGUUGCCCAGACCACUGGCCCGGGGCUCACCUUCGAACCUAAUGGCUGGUUUGGCACCGGCUGUACCGCCGAUGGCUAUGGAUAUAAUAGCAAUGAUUACAGUGAAAAGCAGUGGUCGAGCGGUGAGUGCCGGCACUUUUUGGACGGCGAUUACUGGAGUUCUUGUCGUUGGUGUGGGGGACGGGUUCGCCGGCGGUCAACGUAGGCAAUGGGGCGAUGAUAGUGGUGGCCGGUGUUGUACUGUCAGGAGCGGCACUGCCAGCGGCUGGUGUAACAGUUGUGGCGCCGCCAGAGGUGUGACCGCCAGGGGCUGGACUGCCAGCGACUGGUUUACCAGUUGUGGCACUACCCGGGGCUUGACUACCAGCGGC